GUGUGCGGUGCUUGAAAGGGUUUAUUACGACUGGAGGAGAGUGGAAUUGUUAGCGCAUGGACAUAACUUCUCCGUUUAAAUUAAGAAAUAUUAAUCGAAACGAAGUAUUUGAAGACUUGUUGGUUGUUACACUUUAAUUAUGAUAUAUCAGGCACGUCAACUCAGUUUGCACAUGGCAUUGGACAAUAAUAAAGUUGCUGAAUAGCGACGCACUUGCAUUGUUUGAGACAUUUCUGAAGCCGGUCAGUAAUAGCCUUUAGUGGAGAAGCAGAAAGGGUUUUGUGAUUGAAGAAGGAUUUACUAUAUUUUAUACGAACACAUUUCUCUCUCCUGACUGACCGAUGCGUGCGUAGGCCUAGACAAAUAUUUAUGGACUUGAGCAGAGAACACUCGAAUUUCGGAGGAUUACUUUGACAGACAGACAAACUUCAUCAUGAUGAACCGGGCUUUCUGGGAUGCGAUCUUUCUCAUUACUGGUUCCCUCUUUACAUAUGGAACAGGCCAGGAUAAUUCUACUAUUGCUACUAAUUCUACAAUGACCACCACCCCUCCUGUAACUACCACCACUACCACUGUAAACGUUACUACCUCUUCUACCACCACCACAACCACCAUUCCAGUUAAAAAGUUUGUUGCAGCAGCUGUUCGGUCACACUUCGAUGACUGUCCUGACUCCCACAGCCACUUCUGUUUCCAUGGCACCUGUCGUUUCUUAAUUCUGGAGGAGACGCCUGCAUGUGUGUGUCACCAAGGCUUCGUAGGGAUGCGAUGUGAGCAUGCCGACCUGCUAGCCGUGGUGGCCACCAAUCACAGGCAACAGACAGUUGCCACGGUGCUAGUUCUGUGUGUGAUUGGCUGCGUCUUGACGAUGCUGCUCUGCACCCUUUUACAUUGCUGGUGGAGGCGGGACGGUUUUGGGCGGAGGCACAGACUCCACUGUGCCCCAGAGAAACAAGGCAGUAUGCUGAAGGUCCGAGGGUCCUGCUGUCACUCUGAAAGUGUGGUGUAAGAGAAGAACUCCUGCUUGGAACGACAGGGAUUUUCACGAUGGGCUGCCUUCUCUCUUCCUCUGUCCAUUCAACCCUAAAGACUGCUGGGACUCAUAUGGACCAUACCCGAGAUGGGCAUCAGACACCCGGCUAAUAACAUCCUCAUAAGACUGAGAGGGAGGAGAGACUCUCUCUAUUACUAGACCAAGUGAGGCCCAUUUGAUGUGAGAGUUUCAUGUCAUGUUUCAGAACUUCUGCACACUUGGAAUACUGUGAUCUCACUACUGUUUUAAUGCAUGGAGGAGAAGAGAUGGGAACUGACUGGUCAGAAACACAGAAUUCUCCGGAACAGCUCACUGGAACCUGACUCGUGAGGAGGUACCCUCUAAAUGGCGAGCGCUCAGUGUGACAUCUUCACUGUGAAGAUAAUGAAGCCAAGGACAUGUCCAGCUACAUGCUGCACAUGCUGGACAUAACAAGAGAAAAAUAAUUUUGACAACUUGGUGUCCUGAGGGGUUUUUGGUGCAGGAAAGCAACUAUAUAUUUCAGAUUUGAGGUAUAACUUUGUUUGAUUCACUCAAACUCAGAGGAACUCAAAAUUCUCCAAUUUUUGUCUUUUAAGAAGCUAAACACAAGCUAAAAACACGAUUUAACCAUUUUUUCAUCAAAACUUAAAGUGCACAGAGAUUUUUAAGGUGGGGCAAGAAUGUUUUAGUUUCUGUUUUUAAGCAAGGGAUAUUGACACACCUCACCUGACAAAAAUGGGAGAUUGCUACUGGGGACUAUCUUUUUAACCCCACUGUGGAUUAAGGACCAAUGGUGGGAUUUGGACAUAGAUAUGGGAGAGAUUAUGUUUGGAUUAAAUACAUGCAAAAGAGUAGAUUUUAGUGUACUGUAUAGUCUCCAAAACAUUGCCAACCUAUAGUCCUUAGUAACUUGUAAGUCUAGUUAUCUACCACCAUGUGUCAUUAUUCCUGAUAUGACAGACUUUCUAUGAGUGUGCACAUUGCAUUGUGCACCUCAGAUAUUAUAGUGUUGGUUGUUUCUUUCCAUUCCUGCACAAAACCGGCAUUACAUUUUCCUCUGCCUCAGAGGUUUCUAAUUGAGAAGUGAGUGAUGCACACACAAAACAGACGUUGUUGUGUUCUAGCACUUGUUUUAUGCACAUAUGUCGCCCCUCCUCCGCUUCAAAUCCACCCUGUACCGAAAGCAGAGGAGAUAUCCACGUUACUGGGAACAUUGUAUGCAUGAGAUUCUUAUCAUGACUUAUUCUAGACAUACGCUUCAUUGUAUAGUAAUGUUUUCUUGGGGUACACGUCAUAGCAAGCUUGCUCAUUAUUGUGAAGCACACUUCUGCACUUAGGUUGUUGUCACUUCACGUGUGAGAGAUGCCAAAUGCACCUGAAGAUCUUACAUGUCUGAUAGAGCACAGUUACACAGAAAGACUCAUGCGACAAGCAUCAGUUCUGGGCAAUAACACGGUAACAGAAUGAUGCUGAGACUUUAAAAUGUAUGUCAAACAA